GUUCAAAGGGAGAAGGCCCUCUAAGAGCUCUGUUAAUAAAUUAAUUAUCACUGAAGAAAUAAAAUAAUAAUAAAAAAAUAUAUAUAUAAUUAAAAAUGGGUGACUCCGACGGUAAUAAGAAGAAGAUUAUCGUCGGCGGGAUGGCUUCCGUCCUUCUUGUGGCCAUGGUUGUUUGCGUUACAAUCGGUGUUUCCGGCAGAAACAGCGGCGGCGACGCCGCUGCAUCCAACAGCGGCGGCGGCGGCGUUAGCACCAGCACCAAGGCGGUUCAGGCGAUUUGCUCUCCGACGGAUUACAAGGAGACCUGCGAGAGCAGUCUCUCCGGCGCCAACACCACCGACCCUAAGGAGCUGAUUAGGCUGGCUUUCAACGCCGCCGUCAAUAACAUCGGCGACGCUAUCAAAAACUCCACCCUCUUCAAAGACGCCGCCGCUGAUAGCAGCACCAAAGACGCGUUUGAUAUCUGCGACGACGUGCUCGGUUCCGCCAUCGACGAUCUGAAAAGAGCCGGCGACAAAGUCGGAGAAUUCGACGCCACCAAGGUGGAUGAAUACGUGGAGGAUCUGAAAGUGUGGCUGAGCGCCGUCAUCACAUAUCAAGAAACAUGCAUCGACGCCUUCGAAAACACCACCGGCGACACGGCGGAGAAGAUGAAGAAUCUGUUGAAAACUGCCAGAGAAUUGUCCAGCAAUGGUUUGGCUAUGGUUUCCGAUGUUUCCUCCAUUAUUGGACAGUUGCAGCUCGGAAACCUAGGCGGCAGCACCAGCCGGAGGCUGCUGUCGGAAGACCCCUACUGGAUAAAAUCCCCUCAUACCAGAAGACUACUUUCCGCCGCCGCAGCACCGUUGAAGCCAAACGCCGUCGUUGCACUAGACGGGUCCGGCCAAUUCAAGACAAUAAAAGACGCAAUCAACACCAUCCCAAAGAAGAAUACGCAGCCAUUCGUCAUCUUCAUCAAAGCUGGUCUGUAUAAAGAGCAUGUCGAAAUCCCGAAGAAGGUGAACGGAGUUGUGAUGAUCGGAGAAGGACCUUUGAAGACCAGAAUCACCGGCAGCAAAAGCUACGCCGGCGGUGUCAAGACUUUCCACACUGCCACAGUCGCCGUCAACGGUGAAGACUUCAUGGCCAAAGACAUCGGAUUCGAGAACACCGCCGGAGCAGAGGGGCACCAGGCGGUGGCACUCCGCGUCUCCGGCGACAGAGCCAUCUUCCUAAACGUCGCCAUCGACGGGUACCAAGACACACUGUACGCGCACAACUACCGACAGUACUACAGAGACUCCACCAUCUCCGGCACAAUCGACUUCAUCUUCGGAGACUCACUCGCCUACUUCCAGAACUGCAAGUUCAUCGUCAGAAAGCCAAUGGACAACCAGGCAUGCAUGGUCACAGCACAGGGGCGCGUGGACCCACGCAGCGUCGGAGCAAUCGUCAUUCAGAACGGUGACAUCACCGCCGAGCCAGCUUUCCUGGCAACAACACCGCCGAUCGAUGCAUACCUAGGCCGGCCAUGGAAGGAGCUCUCAAGAACAAUCAUCAUGCAGACAAACAUCGGCGGGUUCAUUGCGCCAGAGGGAUGGUCGCCAUGGAUGGGUAACUUUGCAUUGGAUACAUGUUACUAUGGGGAGUACCAGAACCGUGGAGCCGGGUCGGGUCUAGCGAAACGGGUCACGUGGAAGGGUAUCAAGAAAAUAACACCUGAGAUUGCUCUGAGCUGGACAGCUGGACUUGCAUUUAAGGGUGAUGACUGGAUCAAGACCGCCGGAGUUCCAUAUAAUCCUUCCUUCAUGCAAACUUUAUAAUUUUUCUUUUAAUUAUUAAUUACUUUUUUUAUUUUUAUUUUUAUUUUUAUAUUUAAUGGUUAGUUCCAUUUGUUGUAAUGUGAUCAUGAUAUAAAAAUUCUUCAGUGAGUAUAUGUAUUUUUUUAAUUU